AUGGCCGCGGGCACCAUCUCAGGAGCAGCUGGAGCCGACGGCCGGCAGCCACUCCGGCACCAUCCUCUGCAGCAAGAACAAACGCCAGGUUCGAAGCCGAGCCUGCACACCUUGCAGACCCAGGGCCAUAGUCAGAACCAGCCUCAGUUGCAGCACCAACAACAACUACAGGCCGUUGAAUCAGACAGCGGCGACGGCGACGACGGCGACGAUCGAAGCGAUAUUGACGGUGAUGAUGAUGGCGGCGUUGGCGCCCGUAGCGGCAAGCGGAAGCGGCCCAUUUCAGUCUCCCUUCUGGCACGCCUCACUCUCAUCCUUAUCUACACGACGGACGGCCUGCUGCACAUGAUGGCCGCUGCGGCCGCUUAUCAGUCACCUCCGGCGGCUCAGAUCGAGAUCGCCGACGCCACGUCCCAGUCGGACGACAGCGCGGACGAGUCACCUCCUCUCAAGAAGCAUGCGAACUCUGUAAACAAAGAAAAGUACGUCAUCAUGAACGUCCUGGUCGAUGACGGUCGUGAACUUCCGUCGUGCGGCUGGUGCACGCGCAAUGGCGCCACCUGCGAGUACAAGGAGCGGAAGAAGCCGGGUCUGCGGGCCGGCUACGGACGCGAGCUGGAAGCAAGGCUCGACAAGCUCGAAGCGAUCCUCCGCAAGCACUCCGAGGUUCUCCACAUCACCUUCGACGCCUCCGGCAACCCCAUCAGCUCUUCCGUCAGUGUCCCAUUACCAUCCGGCUUCCAGAACUCUUCCGCAAUCGGCAACGGGCGGCCAGGUAGCGUUCAUGGUAGCCUGGCUAGCGGUGAGGACCGCGGCACACCGCAAGAGCAUAUAGCAGCCUCUUCGAUCUUUAACCGCAUCGACACCGCCCAAACACCCCAGGCGGAGGCGGCACUUUUCCUGCACAAGCCCUCUACGGUGCCUUACGCACCGGGUGCGGCGCCGUCAGGAGGCCCCCCUGUCAUGACCGGUCGUGGCGGCAGCGGCAGCGGAAUGGACAUGACCAUGACAUCGCCAGGUACCAUGAACAAUGCGAACAAUGCCACAUACGGCGCAGGAAGCGGUCCUAUUUCAGGCAUCUCGCCGUCACUCCUCUCACAACCGUCCCCUCUCUCAACCCCGGCGGCUCGAGAAUACUAUGGAGCUAGUGCACCGCCUGCUGUGGGCAAUGGCGUCACCACAACAACCUCACCCAUGAUGAAUAUGACCGGUGGCAAGUCUCAUCUUGGCUCAGACCAAGACCUCCCUCCCUACGACCUCUCCUACGCACUGGUCGACCUUUACUUUAAACACAUAAACACAUGGUGCCCGCUCUUGCAGCGGAAUCCGACCAUCGAGGCGCUGUUUGGCGCGGCGAUGACCGACGAGACGAACAAGAUUCUACUGCACGCAAUUGUGGCGACCACUUUGCGCUUCUCCACAGACGCGCGGCUCACAGAGGAGAAGCGCCAGCGCUACCAUGACAUUUCCAAGAACCGGGUGCUGCUCUACGGCAUGGAAAAUUCGUCCGUAAAAGCGCUCCAAGCCAUGGUCAUUCUGGCACUCGAUUUCUGUGGCAGCAGUAACGGGCCUCCAGGCUGGAACAUUAUGGCGCUGAUUACUCGAGCGGUCGUGCAGCUCGGCCUCGCGGUCGAGACCAACUCAUUUUCCGUGUCACCCAAUUACACAUCCAUCUACACACUGCGGGCCAUGAUCCUGCCGGAACCCAAGGACUUUAUCGAAGAAGAAUCACGCCGACGACUCUUCUGGGUCAUUUACCUGCUGGAUCGUUACGCCACCAUUGCGACGGCCUUUGAGUUUGCGCUCGAUGACCGCGAGAUUGACCGCACCUUGCCUUGCCGCGACGACCUCUGGGCCCGAAAUCAAAAGGUCGAGACCCGGCUUUUCCACACCGACCACACACGGGGUGGGAUCAACGAAGGGCCUGGCAGUCUCGGCGCGAAUGGAUUUGAGCCCGAGGCGGGCGGUCCCAGUGGCUCCAACGGCAAGCCAGAAAAUUUGGGUGCCUUCAGCUACUACAUUGAGAUCCUCGGCAUUUUGACCAAGAUCCACAAUUUCCUUAAGCAGCCAGUCGAUAUUUCGUCGCUUAGCGACGUUGAGCAGUGGCAGAUGCGAUACCGCGAGCUUGACCAGACGCUCAACUCGUGGAAGGUCGGCCUGCCGGGUGAGUAUGGCAACAUGUCCAAGUUGUUCCAGCCCAACUGCGCCAAGGUUGUCAACUGCGGCUGGAUCAUGCUGCAUAUCACCUACCACACGGCCAUUAUCCGGCUGCACUCCUCCUCCGCCUACCCGACGACACGCUCGCCCAUCUUUACGCCGAGCUACUCUGCCAGCCAGCGCUGCCACAGCGCUGUUGAGAACAUUGGCACACUGUGCGAGUUUGUCGUGUCCAACAACCUGCUGCCCAAGCUCGGCCCACCAUUUGCGUUCUCACUCUGGGUCGCUGCUCGCCUGUACCUCGUGCAUGGCUCGACAGUCGAGCACAAGCUGAGUGCCCGCGUGUACUUCUUCGUCGACACGCUCCGUGCCAUGGGCCGCUACUGGCCCGUAGCCGGGCGGUACUGCGCGCUUUUGCAGCGUGUGCUCGACGAGCACAGUGACAGUGAGCGGCACGGAGACAGUGUGACCCCCAACAGUGUCCAGAUCUUGGCCGACAUGCGCCGCACUGCGUUCGAUCUCGAUUUGCUGAUCAGCCGGCAACCGCGUCAUGUGGCCGGUAACAACGCCUUCAUGAGUGGCCAGCAGUUCGGCCACUACGGUCAUGAUGGCCGCAUGCCCAGCGGCAGCAGCGCCGACGGAAACAACGGUGGUCUCAGUCAAACUAGCGCAAUAGGGAGCCACACGAUGGGCCGCGUCCCGAACCAGACACUGGCACGAACGCCGCAGCCUAACGAGUUGGAGUAUCUGGAUGUUUUUGAUUUCUUCAAUGUACCACGGCUGCCCUUUGGCUUGCCAACGGAGACGAGCGGCAACGGUAUCAAUAUUGUAUCCGGCAUCGGUGGUGGGCGCGUAGCUGGCUCCAACAACACGGUCAGCAACGACAAUGCUAGCAACACAGCCAACGGCGCAGGUGGUGGCAGCGCUGACCCAAACGAUGGCAACCGCGCUGCUACGACUAACAGCAACGCAGGCAGUGAUGGAGCCGUCACGGCCGAGAAUGCGGCUACCGCGGCUGCAGCAGUGAACAACAACAGAAACAAUAACAACAAUAACAACAAUGACAACAGCAACAGCACCACCAACAACAACGGCGGCGGCGCGCCGUUUGGCAAUGAGUUUAACAUUACCGACUUUAUGAUUGACGCGAACCGUGACUGGCUGUACAAGCAGGACGGCACCAACAAGUACAUGGCAUGA